AUGACGGUGAAAAGGGGCCAAAGCUACCUCGGCAAUCAUCAUGUGGCAGUCAAAGGUGCCCCUGCCGUGACUCUCUGUCGGUCGCUCAACGUGCUUCCGGAUCUUGGCGACGACAGGCGGCCCGAAGGUGAGGUUUGGGACGAAGUGGCCGUCCCUGGCGGCGGCGAGGAAGCUGUGGACGAGCCGAAGUCGAUCGACCUUGAACCCGUCGAGGUACACAAUGUCGAGGCGAAUCCGGACAAAAGACCGCGUACACUCAAACACCUCCUGAGAGCAAACCAUGUCAACCACUCCAUCAUCUAUCACAAUCUGCAGUUCGACAACCAUAUGCCCCAUAUCCUCUGCUCGGCCUACCAUCUUGGCGCCGAGUCCCACCAGCUAUAUCACAUCUACGAUGAGGAGGCUAAGGAGCUUGAGCCAUGGAAGGAAUCACCAUCAGAGGUCGCUCAAGACGACUGGCGGGAAUUUCUCGGUGACAAGAGGUACCAGCGGGCCUAUGUAGAUUUCUUCGAGGAUGCAUUGGCCAUGAAGUAUGCGUACAACUGGAAGAGAGUGAUCGAAGAAUACCUGCUCAAGGGAGAAGAGCCGCUUGUCAACGGUCUCAUUGGUGGCCUCGGCCACCCCCUGAUCCACUUAGGCUAUGCCUACGAAUUUGACAGCCGCGAGGUAGCUAUAGAAGCCCUCGCUCUCGCGGCAACACAGUACAACUUCCUCCACCAAUACAUCGACGACCCCUCCUAUACCCGCAAACCCUCCUUUUCCUCCACCUCACCGCUAGAGCUCAUCAACAAGCUCGCCUCGGACGACCGCUUCGAUGGCCUCUUCAAGGAGCCCGGGUUCGCCAAUAUCGAGCCUCUCUUCCAGAAACACGAGUCCCUUAUACUCGAGUACUGGAACGCUUGGGACUUGCAGUCGUCCGAUGACCCCGUCAGGCUGUUCAGGGAAUCCCAAGAGGCCGCUGUGGCACUGCUCGUGGCCACCGUCCGUCCAGGGACGCAUGCCUACAACUUUUUCAUCGUGCAUGUCUUGACGACUAGCCACGCUGUGAGGAUCCUGCUGCCUCUCUUGCCCGCCAAGUUCCAUGUCAGUCUGGUCAGACAGUGGUGGCUGCUCGCCCUGGCGGUGUACAUCGCCGAGCUGAGACCCAAGACCGAUCCGGAUUAUGUGCCGGCGGAUUUGAAGGGGAAAGGGUGGAAGCAUGUUGAGUAUCAGGCGCUGAAUUCAGAAUGGGCGACAGAUGCGCACUAUGUCAAGGCCAUUCGGGCGAUGAAGGAGGCGGCGAGGACUUGGGGGGAUGUUCAUGACAGGUAUUUAGCGGCUGCGGUCAGGUUCGUGGAUGACUUUGAGGGCUGGGUGUUCUGA